AUGUCUUUCCACAACACAAUCCUCGCUUCAGCGGUCCUCCUCUCCAGCACAGCCUUGGCAUUCGGUGGUUCAGGAGGCACUGCAGGCCAACAAGGCAAUUGGGGGGGAUCAUCUUACGGCGGUGGUAGCAACGGGAACAGCGAUACGGGUGCUUGGGGAGCAUUCCCUUCCUGUGUUUCUUCGUGCAAGGACUCCGGCAUUGACUACACCUCUGGCAACACCUUUUGCGGCAGCAAUGAUGCGGUGACCACUCUUCAAAAGUGUGUCGAUGACAGUUCUUGCAGUGACUCGGAUAAGAACUCUGUGUACUCUGCUGUGGCGCAGCUGUGUGCGAACUCUGGGAAGACUAUUACACAGGGACCAUUUGGGAGCGUCACGGCGACAAGUGGUGGAUCUGCUUGGCCCUCUGGCUAUGGAGGAAGUAGCAUGGGUGGCAUGGGUGGUAUGGGCGGCAUGGGCGGCAUGGGUGGCUGGUCUGGCGGCGCCGGCUUCGGUCCAUUCGGAGGCAAUGGCUACGGGUCAGGUAGCAAAGGCUGGGGUGCAGGACCAUGGGCUUCUUCCGGUGCAUGGACCGAAGGCCCAUGGACUUCCUGGUGGGGGACUUCAGACUGUCCUGGCUCAACUUGGUCAGGCUGGACUGAAGGCUCCUGGUCGAGCGAAGCACCUUGGACGACAUGGAGCGGCUGCGAAGCCACCACUACUGCUUCUUCCGUUUACACCACUACCGUCACCAUCAGUGGGAGUGCACAAGCUACAACAGCGACGAGCUAUGGUAUCAAGCUUGCACAAGCUACGGGCAAUUCCGACUCUUCCUCUAACAGUAACGACGGCAACACCAACACCAACCCUAGCAGUACCGGCGGCACUCAAACUUUCGAUGGUGCUGCUGGUCGGAAUGCGGCUUUUGGUGCUUCUGUGAUUGCUAUUAUUGGUGUUGCUGCUGGCGCUGUUUUGUUGUAG